AUGCCGGAGUCCCCACCGUCGCCAUCGACGGAGGCGGCAUUCCCAGUUCUGGAGUCGCGCCUUGUUCAGCUGGGGCCCAAUCCGGCGCCCGGAGACCACGCGGCAGCCCCGCCGAACCCCCGGUGGAAGAGGAGGAGGGAGGACUCCGGCCUGGCGCCAUCGAGCCCGAAGUUCAGGAUUCCAGCAGCCAAAUGGCAGUACCGAAAGCCUACAGCCACGCCGCCUACGGGCGCCGUUGAGGGCCAGGGGCGGCCGAAGGCGCCGAGGCAUGCGCCAGCCCCCGAGCCGAGCGCGCCGGCGGAGCCAGGGCUGGCAAGUGCGGCGAUGGGGCCGGGGCAGACAGACACGGCGGCGGAGACGGGUCAGACGAACGCGGCAGUGGUGCCGGAACUGGCGGACGCGGCGGCGGAGCCAGAGCCGGCGGACGCGAUGUCCUUGCUGGGACCGGCGGAUGUGGCGACCGGGAGGGUGCCGACGGACGCGGUGGCCGAGACAGAGAUGCUACCGCCGCCCGAGCACCAGGCGCCGUCUGAGCCCGCCCCUGGCACGCCGAGCGCGGUGCUGGCCACCGUGCGGUAA